AUGCCCGUCGUAAUCCACUGCGCAUACACCGAAGCAGUCAACCCAUCCGGAGCCUCGCCAGUCCUCACCAGAGACCAGAUCUGGAACGGUAUGCAACGCAAAAUCCGGAAGGCGCAGGAUUUCGUGCCUAUCAUCGACGGAUGUGAUGUCCUUGAAGAAAAGCAUACUGAGGUCGUGCGAGAAGCACAUUUCAUGGAAUUCAACGGCAAUCCGCCGAAGUCUGUGAAGGAGGUUUGCAAGAGUUAUUAUCCUACCAAGGUCGAUUUCUGGCAGCCAGACGGCACUCUGAUCACGAACACGGUAUCUGAUGGCUCCAGCUUGGAGGAAGCCGACCUCAACAUGACUUAUACUUUUGAGUGGAGAUAUCCUAAUGUUGAGGAGGGGAGUGAGGAUCAUAAGCAGAAGCUGGAGGCUUCGAGGAAGGGUGCGAAGCAGGCGGUGCAUUCGAGCAUUGAGGCUAUGCGGCGGAUGGCGAGUGCUGGGGAACUGGACUAG